AUGGAAACCCUGGCCUCCGUGUGGGCCCGUGACCCCUGUGACCUUAGCGACCUCAGAGAGAAGCGGCACGAGGCGUCGACCGUGUGGGAUUCUCAGUGCGUCUUUAACAGCUCUCCCCCUGCUGGUCUGAUGUGGACAGAGCAGCUCUCCCCUCACCUCCAGAGAAACAAACAGCUUCAGGACACUCUGCUGCAGAGAGAGGAGGAACUGGCCAGACUGCAGGAGGAGAACAACAAACUCAGAGAGUUCCUCAGCUCUUCGUUUGUGAGGAACCUCGAGGAAAAAGCUAAGAGACUAACCGCUGACGGGAGGAGGAAGCUGAAGAGAAACCUGACCUAUGUCGAUGAAGGACUUUUCCAGACCUGCGGUCAUCAGCUCCUGGCCUCCCAGCAGGUCAGUAAGAGAGUCUGCAGGAACCUCACUGCCGAGUUCUGCUCUGUCUCCAUGAGGCCUCUGCCUCCUCAGAAGCCAAACCUGGAUCUCUGGGUUCUACGAACGCUGGGACUCAAGGACCGUGACACCAUCGAUACAUCCAGCGAGUCCCUGUCCUCACCUGGAUACAGCCUGAGAGGUUUAGUUUAUGAGGCUGCAGUCACGUCUUCCUCGUCCUCUGGAUUCACUCUCAGCCCUUCAGCUGCCACUUCCUCACCCUCCUCUACCCACAGCUACUGCCAAAGCUCGACACAUCAAACUGACUACAGGUUCAGUCCUGCCAAAUGCCAGGAAGCAAACUGUGGUAAUCCUGCCGAGUCAGCUCAGGACUGCACAACUUCUCCAGGUCAAUGCUCUGAUUUCACUGCCACUGCACUGACAGGACAGUAUGAAGCUCCAGAAGCUGCGAUCAGGAGCUAUGACACCUUAACUACCUUCCAAUCUCCACCAAUCACAGAAGAAUCACCCUUCACCCAUUCACCAGACAGAGCAGAACGUCCGGUGUAUUGGUCUGCACUGAGAGGAAGCCCAACAACAUCACAGGACACAAUCCAGCUCAGUCCACCAGGAAUGGGAAUCCAUUUCUCUCCUAUGUCCUCUUCGAGUCCAGUCACCAACCAACCCUGGACACCUGUUCAUGGCUGCAGCCCGACGAGCCCGUCGGCAGGAUCUCAGCCUCCUGCCACGCCUCAGACGCCUCGCAGCCGGACAGAUUUGGCAUUCAGUAUGUCUCUGAGUCCGUCCAGCAGCGUCAAGACCCACAGCUUCCCCCAGGGACAAGCCUUCAUCAGGAAGGACACGGAGGGAAGGUGGAACUUCACCUGGGUGCCCAGACAAGGACCAUAG